AUGCCGGCUACCAAAUAUCCUCUUGAUCUUGAACUUCCAUGGGUGGAAAAAUAUAGACCUCGAUACCUCAAAGAUGUGGUGGGAAAUAAAGACACCAUAGAAUCUUUAGAGAGAAUUGCCCAACAAGGAAAUAUGCCACAUAUGAUUCUUUCCGGGCUUCCGGGUAUCGGUAAAACAACGUCUAUCAUGUGUUUAGCUCGUGAAUUGUUCCAUGAUGAUCAAAAACUAAUGAAAAAUGCAAUCUUAGAAUUGAAUGCAUCCGAUGAUCGUGGAAUUGAUGUGGUGAGAAACCAGAUCAAACAAUUUGCACAGAAGAAGGUUUCACUACCCCCAAAUAGAGAGAAGAUAGUUGUGCUAGAUGAAGCUGAUUCCAUGACACCUGGUGCACAACAGGCCUUGAGAAGGACAAUGGAAAUAUACUCAAACACUACGCGUUUUGCGUUUGCAUGCAACCAAAGUAGCAAGAUAAUCGAACCAAUACAGAGUAGAUGUGCAAUUCUUAGAUUUAGUCGGUUAAAGGAUGAGGAAGUUCUAUUAGCGCUCCAGAGAAUCGUGGAUAAAGAAAAAAUUGAAUUUACGGAGGAUGGGUUAGCAGCAUUGAUAUUCACAGCCGAAGGAGACAUGAGACAAGCCAUUAACAAUCUUCAGAGUACAUAUUACGGAUUUAAUUUAGUGAAUGCCGAAAAUGUUUAUAAGAUUGUGGAUUCACCACAUCCCCUUUUGAUCUCAAAAAUGUUAAUGCUUGCUACGGAGGGUAAAAUUGACGAGAGUUUGGAUGUUUUGAAACAACUUUGGGAUAAGGGAUAUUCUGCGAUUGACAUUAUAACUGUGAGCUUUAGGGUGAUGAAAACUAUGUACAAACUAAGUGAAGAAAAAAGGUUGGAAGUUAUUCGACUCAUAGGAUUUACUCAUAUGAGAAUCCUAGAUGGAGUUUCAACAUUUCUCCAAUUGGCAUGCAUGCUAUCGAAGAUUGCAAUGUUAGAGCACAAGAGCUAA